UUUCCAGAAUUCAGAGUCGACUGUUGUUGAUGGUGGAAGUCUUGUAGGUCGUGCCGUUUUCAUGAUGUUUCUCCCAAACAUGCAGGGCGAUAUGCACUUCAAACCGACUCGCGACAGAUUCUACACGACAAGAUGUUGCGGGUGCUGCCAUGUUCGGACAGGAACUAUCAUCCUGGGGACAUGGUACAUGGUGGUGAAUCUGCUGAUGGGAAUUCUGCUGACAGUGGCUGUUACCCACCCUGAGAACGUGCCCGCCGUUAACUUGCAGUACGAGGCCAUCGAGCACUACUUGGCCUCCGACAGGAUGUCAGAAAAUGCCUGCGUGGGAUUCGCCAUCUCUCUCCUGAUGGUCACCAUCAGUGCCAUGAUGGUCUACGGAGCCAUCACUCAUCGUGAUGGUUGGCUCAUCCCAUUCCUCUGCUACCAGAUGUUUGACUUCAUCCUCAGCUGCCUGGUGGCCGUCAGCUCUCUGACUUACCUGCCACGCAUCAAGGACUACCUGGAUCAGCUGCCUGACUUCCCCUACAAGGACAACCUGCUGUCUCUGGACUCCAGCUGCCUGCUGCUCUUCGUCCUCGUCUUCUUCGCCUUACUCAUCAUCCUCAAGGCCUACCUGAUCAACUGCGUGUGGAACUGCUACAAGUACAUCAACAACAGGAACAUGCCUGAGAUUGCGGUCUACCCUGCCUUUGAAGCCCCCCCUCAGUACGUGCUGCCCACCUACGAGAUGGCCAUGAAGAUGCCCGAGAAGGAGCCGCCUCCACCUUACAUGCCCGCCUGAACAUUCCCCUGACCCUUCCCAAUACCCCCCCCCCCACACACACACACACACACACACACACUCACACACUUUUACCCCCCCACCCCUCUCCACCCUUUUACCCAGUCCUCCUCCCCCUGCCUAUUCUACCCCACCCCACCCCACCCCUCUCCACCUCCUCCCACCUCCCCUUCAUCCCUAAAGUGUCGUCUGCACAGCCACCAAGAACUCAUGAUCCUUUCUUCCCUCUCUCCGGUGUGGAGUGCACUCAUCCGCCUCUUGGUAGUCCCUCUCCUCCUUCCCUUUGUGUAUUGAGUAGUGAGCCGGUCAUGUCAGCCAGAUGAGAUGGUAAAAAGGCAGGCUGCACGGGCCUGCUGAGGUGGACUUGAGCUUGUGUACAUAACUAAAACGAAGUUAAAAGAAGUUUUUCCUGUCACUUUUUUUGUUCAUUCUUCCCAUUCUUUUCCAUCAUAUACUGUAUUUCUGUUUUUUUUUCUCCUUCUUCUUCUUCUUCUUUUCUUAUUUGCCUGAAUCCUUUGUUGAAGUUUCUUGGAUGUGUUUGUGAAAGAGGAUGUCGUGUAAAGUAACUGCUUACGAAGCCUAUUCCAACCAUCAGUCACUACCUGCAAAGCACCGUCCUGUCCUUUUAGGUUGAAUAUUUAUGAGGCACUUUUAAUACAGAGAAGACCUCUUGAGACAAUCCGUAUGGAUUCCUAAUGAUUGAUAUUACUCUUUACUGUUGCCUGUUUUCCUUUUUUUCCAUUUUAACUGUGUGUUAUAUGUUUAUGACUUAAAUUUUUGUCUUAACCAUGUUUGAAGUGUUCGGUGAAAGAGGGUUGUAGCACUUUUUAAAAGAAAAAAACAAAAACAAAGUAUAUAUUUCUUAUUUUGAAUAACCCUUUCUCUUUGACGUGGCUAGAUCCAGUUUGACCAUGCCAAGUUUUUCCCCAUUGUGGCUGAAGUCGUUAUUGUGAUCCAUCCUUGUGUUUAUCCAGUAGCUUUUGAGGUGUGCUUUUGGCCAGUGGUCCUGGGGUGGCGUGCUCUCUCUCUCUCCUCACGAAGGGACAGCGCCCCCUGGAGUUGUGGAGAAGUAUGGCUACUGUUGUGAUCAUCUGUGAAUGCAUGCUACUCUUAUUUUACCAGCCUUUAGUUUCACAUGCAGUCUGAACCAUUGUGGAUAUUGUAAAAACACACACACACACUCACACAUUCACAGAAUGGCUUCAAUAAAAAUUUCAAAAACAUUUGUAUCCAU